AGAAUAGCAAAGUAUUUGACAGAGAACGUAUAUAUAUCUGCAUUUAAGCUAUAAAUCUAUUUCCACGUGCAUUAUUCUGAAAACAAAAUAUACCUAGCUUUUUGUCUGGUUACGAAGAGUAUUUCGAAAAAAAAAGAUAUUUUUAUAACGUUUAAAUUAUCAAUAAUAUUCAUAAAAAAUGGCAAGAAGGCCUGAACAUUCGGCACCGCCUGAGAUUUUCUACAACGAUGAUGAAGCAAAAAAAUACUCCACCAACUCUCGAAUAAUUGAAAUCCAAAUUGAAAUGGCGGAGAGGGCAUAUGAAUUACUUACGCUUGAUGAUGAUGAUCAGUGCCUUAUAUUAGAUAUUGGUUGUGGUUCUGGUCUCUCUGGCAGUGUGCUCGAAGAUAAUGAACAUAUUUGGAUUGGCUUGGAUAUAUCAAAAUCAAUGCUGGAUAUAGCUAUAGAACGCGAUGUAGCCGGCGAUGUAGUGUUAGCAGAUAUGGGUGACGGAAUGCCAUUUAGACCGGGAACCUUUGAUGGGGCCAUAUCAAUAUCUGCUUUGCAAUGGCUGUGCAAUGCUGACAAAAGUUCUCACAACCCACAUAAACGACUGUACAAAUUUUUUUCAACAUUGUUUUCAUGCCUAACGCGUACAGCGCGUGCUGUAUUCCAGUUUUACCCAGAAAAUGCAGACCAAAUUGAGAUGGUCACAUCACAAGCCAUGAAAGCAGGUUUUUACGGUGGCCUAGUGGUUGAUUAUCCCAACUCCACAAAAGCAAAAAAGUAUUUUCUAGUGCUGAUGACCGGCGGCACUGCACCAAUGCCAAAAGCACUUGGUUCGGAAGAGGAUGAAAGGCGCAUAAGUUAUAUUAAGAAGCGUGAUAUGUGUCGAGAGGCACGAGGUAAACCAAUGAAGAAAUCGCGUGAAUGGAUUUUGGCUAAAAAGGAGCGUAGGCGACGUCAAGGGCGCGAUACAAGGCCAGAUACAAAAUACACAGGGCGUAAACGCAGUGGAAAGUUCUAGUUGGAUUUGUUAAAUACAUUUUUGUAUGGGUUCUGCAUUAUUAAUAAAAAAAUAAGAAAAUA